UUGACGAACGACUUGCAAAUGCGACUACGUAAAUACAUAAAUAAUGGCAAUAUUAGACCCUCGUAUUGUGACAUCUACGCUUAAGAAUUUGCUAAAUUGUCAUUUAUUGUGAUUAAGUCGUGUGUGACUUCACCGUACGUGCAGUUUUUAAGUGGAAAUAUUUCAUAUGCAUUUAUGGAAAUGUCCCUAUAAAGUAAGUUUGAGUGAUGGGUAGCGUAACAUAGUCAAUGAGCAAUCACGGUGAAGAAUCACGAUCGAGGGGGUCUAUCACAAGACCCCCGUUGCUGCACGAAAGGGUUGGGCAGGUGUACUACGCCCAUGGCUUGUUUUGUACGUCUUAUCCGGCAUCUGUGAUAUCGUUUGCAAUUUUUAUUGCUUUAUUGUGUUGUUACCCAUUAUUAAAUUUGCCGCUACCCGGAAACCUUCCCCUACAAGUUUGGAGCUCGGAAUCGAACACAACAAAUAUAGAAGCUCUAUCCGGAAAACCCCCAUCGUUCUACGUUCAGCAGGUAAUAUUGCGAAGUGCGGUAUUGCCAUGGGACUCAAACUUGUACGUAAGCGACGCAUUUCGUGCCCCAUUAUAUGAAGCAUUUAAACUAUUGGAUCUCGUCAGAAAUUAUCAGGAAGCACAGGGCGCGAAAACGUUAGGGCACCUUUGUUUGCAUGUUGAAGCUGUGAAGAAAAUCAAAGACAUUCGUAGCGACGUUUUACCUCAGUACAGCUGCUUGGUAUUGUCUCCUGCGAAUUUAUGGCACCAAGAUGCUCAGCAAUUCGCCCAAGAUUCAUCCAUUCUUAACACUGUCUUCAAUCAUCAGAAUUUACAAAAAGGGAAAACCUCAGUUGCCGAGAUGCUAUUUGGGAUGCAUUUAUCUGAUACCGGAAUUAAAAGGUACCCAUUUAGAAACCGACAACGGAUCCUGCAGUACGCAAUUACAUUAUUUUUUAAGGAAUAUGAUCAAUCGUUUGUUGCGGGACUACGCCAUAAGCUCCAAACGUUAUACCCAUUGCAUCAGAACGCCAGCCACUCAGAAAGUCCUAUCCUUUAUAACGAAACAGCUAUUAUUUAUUAUCCCGGUGAAUUUAAUUACAAUGAAUUUCUUCCCGUCGCCACCGCCUUUUUUUUGUUGUUUGUUUAUUAUUACUUUUCAGUCCGUAAAAUCGAACUGAUCAGCUCCAAGUUGGCUAUGGCCCUUACAGUCGUUCUCACAGUUUUGAUUAGCUUGGGAAUGACUAUAGGGAUCUGUUUCUUUUUUGGUUUAACCUUCUCCCUGCGCGAGAAGGAGAUAUUUCCUUACCUAGUUAUUUUAGUCGGUUUAGAAAAUGUAUUAGUCAUAACCAAAAGCGUCGUAUCGACACCGCAGCACCUGGAUGUUAAAAUUCGAGUCGCUCAGGGCUUGUCUAAAGAGGGGUGGUCCAUAACUAAGAAUCUCCUAAUCGAAAUUACUAUUUUAACUAUUGGAUUGUUUACAUUCGUACCUGCUAUACAAGAAUUGUGUAUUUUUGCAAUUGUCGGUUUAUUAACCGACUUUUUUCUACAAAUGGUAUUUUUUUACACUAUCUUAGGCAUCGACGCGAGACACUUUGAAAAUUUAGCGGAGAAGCGCAACCUUAACUUCCGAAAUAGUCUCUACCAGACACAACAUGAUAAAACACAUAGUACCUCCUUUCCCAAAACGGGUAUACACAGAUCUCGGUCUCAUCCUAGGUUAUCAACCGACGUAGUCGCCGGUCAAAUGCAAGGUGCUUUAGAGAGAAAGAUACCCAAACGUUUAAGACUGGUAAAUAUUUGGGCGCGAACGCGGUUUUUCCAAAGAGCAUUUAUGUUAUUAAUGGUAAUAUGGAUCGCGCGUAUAUUGUACAGUAGCGGAAUCGUGGAACAGUACAUAAUGGAGUUAACCGAAAAAAAUAAUCAUAGGGUUACGGAUGCCGGUUUGGCAGAACAAAAUGUUUCCAAUAUAGUUCUCAAUUUAAACCCCUAUAAUUUUCCCACCACUAACGAAUAUGCCAAUUUUGUAACCGAAAGAAGCAUCGAGUUUACCGAUCAAACUGACGAGCUUAACAAGCUAAAACAUCGCGAGUAUCCGCCUUGGUUGAAGCUGUCGACUCAGCAUUGGGCAGCUAUUCUAAAGAAAUAUAAUAUUUCGUUGAGCGGUUCGUCCGUCGCUAUUUUACCCAAUAUUAAAAUCUCCUAUUCAAUUAAUCCUCAACAGGCUGUACUUCUUCGUAAUCCCGAAGAGAAGAAUGGACAAAAGUUCCAUUGGCAAACACUGGCCGCUGCUUUGGAUCCGAUUGAUUUCAACGACUUGGAUGGUAGUCCGGAAAUUUCGAGUACUGUCUACAGUGACCGUCCCUUUUAUCCUAGCUCGCCCAUGGAAAUUAUGUUGACUACAAUUUUAUGCUUCAUUAGCGUGGCAGUGCUGGCGUACGCCUUUGUAGUCUUGUAUCGUUGUAUUUGCUCUCGGAAUUACGCAGAGUGGAGGGCUUCGUGGUUUAGCGACAGCACUGAAGAGAAAGAAGUGCAGGUGUUACUAGAAGCUGUACCUAUAGCGUUAGAUGGUCAUCCGCAAGAGAUCGAGUGUAUAGCCACUGAUGGUUAUAGUGUUGCUAGUACCUGUUUAGGCGGUCAUAUCAAAGUGUGGGAUACGAUUACGGGGGAGCUCAUUAAAAAUAUUGAUCGCAAAUCAUACUUCUCGCUACAAAAUAAAUCACCAGAAUUAAGCAUGGACGUGGAGGACAACAAUCUAUCAGAUUACGAAUCAGGCUCGCCGCCAUCACGUGACGAAACACUUCCCACAUUUCCCAGUUUUCAGUACAAAAUCAACACGAACUUUUCCGGUUUAAAAUUGCAGCCGAUACCGACGGCGGACGUUACGAGCACGAAAUUUGAUUUCGGCGUGGAAUACCGUCAACUGUACGCCGAACAUAGGAAGGAGCAAAAAUUGAAAAGUAGAAAUGACACGGUGAAAUGGGUUCAGGCGCAAAGACGUAUUGUGAACGAUUGUGAUGCGGUACGAAGCGAGUGCGCGAAUAGGCGGAACGUUUUGAAUCGCGAAACGCACGCGCUUUUCGCCGACGAGACUUUGUCCGUAAGACAUGAUAGUGAAAGUUCGACCACGUCGAACGGGAAAAGUGCGCCGAUUUGGUGUACGGAUUAUGUUGACAAUUUAAUAGUAAUAGGGUGUUCUGAUGGUUCCUUAGAGUUUUGGGAGGGUACUACUGGUAACUUUAGGUGUUUGUACGACGACUUAAGUGGAAUAGGAGUCACAUCUGUUAAGAUAAUUGGAUCUCAUGUCAUUGCCGCACGAUUGUAUGGUACAUUAGAUUUUCUCCAGCUGCAGUCGUAUAGUCACGGGCGGCCCAUCGAUUGGAAUUUUACAUGCGCCUAUCGACGUACGCAUGUUCGCACCUCCUCUGCUGGCUGCAUCGACUAUAAAGAUAUGCAGUGUUAUGAGGGGACGGAGGAUAUUCGUUGCACCAAAGUGCUCACAACCAAAGCGCAUCAGCAGCCGAUUACUUGUUUGGAUGCUGAAGGUGGAAGUGUUCUUACUGGUAGUCAGGACCACACUUUAAGAGUGUUUAGGUUAGAGAAUGGGAACCCUUUGUAUACAUUACAUGGACAUUGUGGCCCAAUUACGUGCUUAUUUAUUGAUCGAAUAUGUCCUGCUAUGUCAGGUAGUGGAUCUCAGGAUGGAAUGCUUUGUGUAUGGGAUUUACUUACAGGCGCUUGCGUUUAUAGCCUUCAGGCUCACGAUGGAAGCAUAAUGUCCUUGACAUACUCAUCCAGCUACGUAAUCUCUUUAGGUUCCGAUGAACGACUGUGCGUCUGGGAGAGAUUUCAAGGGCAUCUGCUUAACACCAUUCAAAUUGUACAUCCAUUCCCGAGUAACGUUCUAAUGUUAACGCCGCAAUUAAUCGUUACUGCUCGUUCGGGUGGAUUGGUCGUGUGGGACGUCCGCAAUGGCGAAUGCGUAAAGACGAUCGCCCUCGGGCGGUCCCCACUUGUUUUUGUUAAACAAAUGCUUUUAGUUAGAGAUGUCGUCUUAUGUGACUUUGGAAAUCAACUUCGCAUGGUUCGUUUUCCUUUAAUUACUAAUAAGCUUGAUUAAAUUUAUGUAGGGCACCUUCAUAAAUAGACAAAAACUGCGGGAUUACUCAAAAAGUAUUUCGUUAAGCCUAUCAUCGUUAAUUUAUUAUUCCAUUUAUUCUUCACGUGGUGUUCUGAUCUCUUUAUAGGUGCUUUAUUAUUGUUUAUAAAAGAGAAAAUGUAUCACUAAAAAAUUUGACCUGUCCACCAUCUUACUUAAUCGUUUUUAUGAAAUUUUGACUAAAAUCAGGACACUGUAAUUGAUUUUUGUGCAUUUUAGGUGUAGCCCAUUGUGGGCAGGCUUUGAAUGCAGAAUGUCUUUUAAGCAUAUAUAAAUUAAACAAAU